CAUACACUAUUAAGGGAGUUGGUUUUUAUUGUGGUGGUGGUUGUGGUGUAGCUUUGAUCGCUCGCAGAGAUUUCCUGUGAAAAGGAGACGCGACAACAGCCCAAUAAAACGGCUUCCAGCUCAUCCGGAGGGUAGAAAUCACAACUCCAUGGGUUCGAAAUCGAAACUGAUCUUCUAAUGAUAUAAUGAACAGUGGAGUGAAUCAGUGCUGUUGAUCAUGCGGGUGGGUUGUGGAAACAUUGCUCUGCUUACCAAACUUCUCAGAUUCAUUUUGAUGGAGAUGGUCCUGAUCCUCCUUCUGAAUCCGAUGAUAACCAUGGCCAUGGAUGUGAUUGAAGAGGAGCCUAAUGGCGCCAUUGACUUCACAGAGGGCGAAACCCAAGACGAUGGGUCCAUUUGCGUGACCAAAACGAAGUACGUCGAGAAAUUGGAGAAGCAAACUGUGAAGGAGUGUUGGCACCAAAAUGUCACUCAGUGCCACGAAACCUACGUCACGGAAUUCCGUCCAAAUCAAGAGCAAGUCUGCGAGGAGCACUUCUGGAAAGCGUGCAAGAUCACAUUCAAGGAGAAGGCUUACAACUACACCCUCAAAUCUUGCAUGACACCUUUGGUCAAGAAAUGUGAGCCUCCAUCUCGAUACAGUGCCGAACCGCCCAAGACCGUCUGCAAGACCUGGUUCGAAUCCCAAUGUAACACCACUUACAAAGAGGUGGAUGGCCAUCAGAAACCCCAGACUUGGUGUUCCAAGGAGCCCAGACAGAUCUGCGCCCCCGAUAACUGCCGAAUGGAGCCCGGAGAUGAAGUCUGCCACGAUAAGGUGAUCGAAUCUACCACUCAGAAGCCCGAGGAGAUCUGCGAUCUCCAGCCAUCGUCUCACUGCCGUCUCGUCACCAAUCUCGUGCCUCAUUUGGAGUCUCAACAAGUCUGUAAGGACAUCCCAAAGGAAGUCUGCCACCUCAAGUUGGACAACCCGAAGAUGGUGAAGAAGCCAGUGACAUUGAAAUGGUGCCGCAAGCCCAACGAACCCGAAGCCACGCCUCAAUACGUAGCUUCUUAUGACGCCCCCACGCCCGUGAGCUACCAGGCCUCACAGGCCCAAGCGCCCGUAGUCCCCCAAUACGCCCAACCUGCUGCUCCUCAACCAGCUUCGCCCUCUUACGGUGCCACAGCGUCGCCAGUUUAUUACAAACCGGCCAACCAGAACCUUUUCCAACGAGCUAGAGUCUAAAACCAUGAUCCACUUUCGGUUGGAAUGAAAGGCUAAGGAACAGCUUGGGCAUUACCAUAGAUUUACAUACCGACUUAUCCUUGUCUGUUUUCACAUCCGGUGUUAAUUGAUUUCAUCUGUGAAGGCCUCGUAUUAUUUAUAUAGACUAUUUAUUAAUACUCUGUUCAACUUCCCUUCCUGCAAUGAAAUACACGGUUCUUUGGAAGA